AUGGGCUUCAGUCAGAAGAUACUUUUGACAGAUGAGUCUGUGCCAACAAAAUUUCAUUGCCAAGAGGAUCGCAAAAGACGGAUAUUUGAUGCUGGACCUUAUGUUGAAGUGUUUCUUAAAAGGCAAAGAGUUAAUCUUGUUACAGAAAGUCUCCGAACACAGAGUUCUACUGAAACCCAUACUGAAAGUUUACAAAAUGAUAUUGAGCCUAAAGAAUCACCAAAAACUCAAGACAAAGAAACAAUCACGGACCCUAUUACAAAUGUAGAAAACUCUGUUCAAGAAAAGUGA